AUGCUUGUUACCAGGCAAAGCGCUCCGGAGCAGAGUUCUUGGUCCAUUGGCAAAUUUGAAACGGCUUUUCACAAGUCCGCGGAAAGCCUACGUAUGUCGAACAGCUACGACGCGGUGACGCAGUCAGACUGGCAGGGUCAGUACUCGUUUCUGCCGCCAGGAGACAACAACAUCUUCUCUCAGUCAUAUGAACAUGUGACGGGUUCAGCGGACCAUGCGGAUUCGCAAGCGCAGCCGCGGAGUGUGGCUGCGCCAAGCAACGCCUUAGACAUCGAGGCGCCAAAGCGGGAGAGCCCUCCAUUGGGACACCACCGCUUAGAUCCUCUUGGUCUACGACAACCAAAGCAGCCAUCGCCAAUUCCAGAGCAGCCUGGAAAUCAAGGGGAACAAUAUGCGCAAAAAGCAACCGAGUCGGCACACGAGGAGCCGUUGGCAUCGACCGAGACCCCUGGCAUGUCCUUGGGCUCCAACCCCCUGAGUUCAGUAUCAUCCACGGGUCAAGGGCCUGAAGUAGGCCCGGGUCAACCAGGGAACGAGAGCCAGACGGUCAUCAAGGAAGAGGAUGAGGAGGUGCUGGAGGACGAGGAGAUGAUAGAAGGGGACGGAGAUGGUGAUGCUCAGCCACAACCCCAGACUGCGGCUGAGAGGACCGCCCAGCGACGCAAGAUGAAGCGCUUCAGACUUACGCACCAGCAAACCCGAUUUCUGAUGAGUGAGUUUGCGAAGCAACCACACCCAGAUGCAGCUCACCGCGAACGUUUGUCUCGCGAAAUUCCGGGACUGAGUCCACGCCAGGUGCAAGUGUGGUUUCAAAACAGACGCGCCAAAAUAAAACGUUUGACGGCGGACGAUCGUGAACGUAUGAUCAAAAUGAGAGCUGUCCCCGAGGACUUUGACAACUUGGGCGCUCUCCACUCCCCAUACGGUGCAGUUCAUGGACUGGGAGCCCCUAUGGCGUCUCCUGUUGACCUUGGAGGAUCGUCGUACGACCAUAUGAUGCGCCCGCUAAUGGUGGAUGUUCGGCGAUCUGAUGGAGAUGAGCACCUCUCACCCACCGGUUUGAGCACUGCCUUUGGUGGCAUAGGCUUCAACCCUUCGAAUUCGCUCAGUUCGCCCGACAUACUUUCUCCAUUAUCACCAACAUCGACCGAUCGCUACGGCUACUCGAGUCAUAUGUCGUCGGGGCCUUUGAGUGGUGGGCCAAGAACAUCGAAUCCAUUUGCACGACAGCCAAGCAUCGACAGCAGCAUGCAGAUGCAUAGUCAUCAUUCGAGACAACAAAUACGGCCUCUGCAGCCACUUCACCUCCGAGAUACCAUGACGCGAUCACGCUCCGACUCGCUACAGUCGCCUCUACGAUCCAGCAUGUCCUGGAAGGGUGAUUCUCUUGAUUACACUACUUACCACGGCGGGAAUCCAUCUCCCCAGUUAGGUGGUCGGCCACACGGGUUGUAUCAGCAGGAUCAGGUUGGCGGAUCAUCUGGGAGCGGGCUAGGGGGCUAUGAUUCGAGCAGCUACUCUGGCUCUACUGUACAAUCCCCAACUCACAUGAACUACCCGAAUUACCAAUCCUCUAGCCUUCAACAAAGCCAACAGCGUGGGUCACGUCUGCGAGCCGCCUCGGCCUCAUUACCACUUGGCCUCGAUCUUCGAACCCAGUACCGGUCCUCUGUCGGGUCCGGCAACAUGCAAUCAGCGACUCAUUCUCCAGGUCCACGCACGACAUCAACCUCACAAUUAGGGGGCGUGUCCUCUAGUUAUACCGCGAGUUUUCCAUCGGCCCCUCUUACCGCCCCUGUCGACUUCUCUUUGCCUCGCACGCCCGGAUACCGGUCAACAGGAAGUGAUUAUUCGAUGCCACAAAUGAGCGCCCCGAUCGCGCCACCAAACGACUUUUCCCAGGCCUUCCAAGCGAGCAUGAGCAAUUCGAGCUCGAGGACACCAAUCAGGGAUUCUUUUGGGGGUGGUCACGGACCUCUGGGCUUGGGACAGCAGAGCCAAAGCUCAGUCGAUCGCAACGAUGACUACUCGCAAGAUCCGCUCGGCAUGAAGCGCAAGCGAAGCUUUACGGCGGCCACAUCUUCUGCGAACUCGGGGCCGAGUGUGUAUGGAGCAACUUCAUGAAAGAGAGCAUCAUUUUGGGCUACCAUUUCCAAAGCACACAAUAUUUCUCUCACGUCGAAAUGUACAAAACCGAUACAAUAACUACUGGUGCACCACCUCUUCUCCCCCCAAUAUCUAAGAGCGGCUUCUUUUUUCUUUUCCUUUGGCUCGGUAGCUUUCGUUUUUUUUUUUUUCGUCUUUAUUUGGCUCAACGGCCUAUCUAGCUUCUUCUCCAACGAAAACACGAACGAGAAAUACCCACCACGAUUGGCUAUUUUGGAACUAUCUACUAUGAUGACACGGCGGGGAACGAUUUGCUAUACGUUUUUUGGGUACGCACGCUUGAAGCGAUGGGUGGCAGGCAAUAGUCCGCAUUCUACAACGAACGGGUCCGGUUGUCUACAAUACAAUACCAUUUUUCCAUUUUUUUUUUAAUGAUGACAAUGUAUGGAAAAAGGCGGACUCAUUGGGCGAAGGAGGUGGUUGUAUUUUUUUCUCUUGGGGGGUGGGGCGAUGGGGCCAGGUAUUGGAAAAUAUCAGAAAACAGAUGUUUGGAAAGCAGCUUUUUUCCACAUUGGAGCGCAUUUUGGGGGGUGUUUUUGUAAGGUAUGGUACGCAUUGUGUUGUUGUAUGUGUGCCUAGUCUAUUUGCUGCUUUGGCGUUGGGUUGGUAAGGGGAUGAAGAAAGGGGUAAGGGUUAGGGUACGGAGAGGGACGUUGAACUCGCAAAAGGCUUCCUAAAGGGAAGGCGGGUUGGGGUGGUUCAAGGGAUGAUGGAUGUUUUUUCGUGGUGUAUAUAACACAUUGCAUAGACAAUAAAAACACAGAACUUACACAAACAAGCUUUUUUGCCCA